AGCAGACCAAGAUCAUCUCGAGCAGUUGUCCGAAGGCGAUUUGGCCAUCCAAAAAUAGACCAAAGUCAUCGAAAGUUGAGGCACCGCAAACAAAAAGUUCUGCAAAAAAUAGAACAUAAAUUUUCCAUUUCGUGCGUAUCGAUUCGAGGGACAUAAUUCGGAACUGCGCAGUUUGCCGGGAAAUUGCGAGGAAAACUCUUCUUUCAUGUCUUGCCAAAAUCUUCGCAGCGUUCAGGCCAAAGGAGUAAACAGCUGCCGCGCUCGACAAGCGGCAAUGUCAGCAGUUUAAUAAGAAAGUAAAAAUCAUACAACCAAACGAAUAACAAAUCCAUCGGGCAACGAGCAGAUAUAAAGUAGAUAUAUCAUUAAAAUUGAUAAUAAUAAUAAUUCGCCAAAGUGCAAGUGAAUCGAGAGCGACAGAGAAGAGUGCGGAACAACUUUCCGCAGGAAAACAAAAACAGGAGGACCGAGACUGGGGUGCAAAAAUUGAUUUCGUUAGCCUUUUGCCAACACCAAUUGCAUGGGUAAAGUUAUGAGAGUGAAUUCAUUAUCGCCGCCCGCCCACAACUGCCACGCCCACGCUCGCUCCAAGCAACAAAAGCAGAAACAAUUGAAAUUAAAGAAAAUCGAAAUAUAUUUUAUGUUCAGCAAUUUGUGCAAGCGAAAAACUUUAACGGAGUAUAAUUUAUUGACACUAAAACAAAGUCGGGAUAGUGAGUGAAGCAAAGCGCUUAAACAGUGACAGUGAUCGUUAAAACUUUAAUCAACAUAAAACAUAAGAAGAAAAAUUAGUCACAUUUCGUAGCAAAAAUAAAUAGUUAGAGGAACGAUUGCGUGAGGAGCGUGGGCUGUCAGCAGAUCAAGGAUUGCCACACAUACAGAGCUACUAAAAACUAGGUUGAAAACUAGAACUCUACAAGUGAUACUUUUUAUGCAAUCAGUAAGACCGGAUCAAAAUGGUUGGAGUUACUGCCGACGCCUCGCAGGCGAAUCAGCUGUCCUCGGUCCGGAACCCGAUGAUCAAGUACAUGCUGAAAACACGGGAGAAUCAUGCUCGGGAACAGGAUCGCGACUACUCGCAUGUCUUCCGCCGGAAGACGCGGUUCGAGAUGUUUCGAUUGUCCGCCAUCGCCAUGGCCAUUGAAUUUGCCUAUGCGGCGGAGACGAGUUUCGUCUCUCCGAUUCUCCUACAGAUCGGUGUGGAUCACAAACACAUGUCCAUGACCUGGGGACUGUCGCCACUGAUUGGAUUCUUUAUGUCCCCGCUGCUGGGAAGUAUUAGCGAUCGCUGCAAGCUUCGUUGGGGUCGCCGACGUCCAAUUAUCUCGAUUCUAUCAUUUGGCAUAAUGUGCGGUUUGAUUCUGGUGCCAUAUGGCAAGGAUCUGGGUCUGCUGCUUGGCGAUGCCGGAUAUACUUAUGCAGAGUCAGCCUUGAAUUUCACAUCUUCGUCGGGGGGAUCUGUGGCUGCUUUGGUUUCGGGUGAAGCGACGACAGGACCUUCUGCAUCCGACUAUAAGUUCGCCGUGAUCCUUACGAUUUUGGGCAUGGUCCUAUUGGAUUUCGAUGCGGAUACCUGCCAGACACCGGCUCGCACUUAUUUACUGGAUAUGUGUGUGCCAGAGGAGCAGCCGAAAGCCAUGACCAUGUUUGCGCUCUUCGCGGGAUUCGGCGGCACGAUUGGAUAUGCCAUUGGAGGAGUGGAUUGGGAGACAACGCAUAUUGGCAGCUUCAUGGGUGGCAAUAUACCCACUGUAUUCACCCUGGUCACCAUCAUAUUCGCGGUGUGCUAUCUUAUCACGGUGACCACAUUCCGUGAAAUUCCAUUGCCCUUGAUCGAGCAGGAUGAGCUGCUGAGACCGCUGUCCGAACAGGCCAUCAAGAAGGAGUUGAAAAAGAAGAACAAUACCAUUUACUAUAUCCAGGAGACCACACAGCUGGAGCUUCAGAUGGCCAGUGAUGAUCCCAAGCGAUUGGAGGCACUGCAAGGCAGCUAUCAGAAUGGCUAUUCACCCGCUGUGGAGAAGCAAGGGAAAUCCCAGGAUUUGGAGACCCAGUCGGAUUACGAUGCUCCCGUCUCCCUUAAGGCCUAUCUCAAGAGCAUCUUCAUCAUGCCCUACUCGAUGCGCAUGCUGGCCCUCACCAAUCUCUUCUGCUGGAUGGGCCACGUCACCUAUUGCCUGUACUUCACGGACUUUGUGGGUGAGGCAGUUUUCCACGGUGAUCCCACGGCUGCUCCCAACUCGGAAGCUGCUCUCAACUACGAGGCUGGAGUGCGAUUUGGUUGCUGGGGAAUGGCCAUAUACGCAUUUUCCUGCUCCAUUUACUCGCUGUCGGUGACCAAGUUAAUGAAGUGGUUCGGAACCAAGGCGGUUUACAUUAGUGGAAUGAUUUACUAUGGUAUCGGAAUGCUUGUCCUGGGCUUGUGGCCAACUAAGUGGGGAGUCUUGGUAUUCAGCACGUCAGCUGGUAUUCUGUAUGGAACCAUUUUCACGGUGCCUUUCAUAUUGGUGGCUAGAUAUCAUGCCAAAAAUUGUUUCUCUAUUAAGAAUGGAGAGAUAGUACCACUGAAACAGGCUCGUGGAUUGGGCACUGAUGUGGCCAUUAUCAGCAGUAUGGUUUUUAUUGCCCAGUUGAUUGUAUCCCUUUCCGUGGGUCCUUUGGUAUCCUGGAUGGACACAACUUGUGCCGUGCUCUACGCCUCGACGUUUCUGUCCUUUUUGGCGGCCAUUGCAGCCAUGUUUGUGUUAUAUGUCUAGGAAUAUAAGGAUAUAGCGAACAAGUGUCCAAUAUGAACACAAAUGUUACAUGAUUUUACGUAGCGUAAAUGUAUCUAGUUGAGUAUCUUUGCCUACUUUCUGGCAGUAUCUGCGACUGCACUCACAAUGUUGUGGCAUACUUUAAGGAUGAAGCGUAUAUUGUACUUGUAUUCAUUGAACAUUUAAUUUUUUUUUGUAAACUGCAUGAAUUAUAUGAAUUUAAAUUAGUGAAAUACAUUUAUUUCUACCUU